AACGCGCACAUACCAUCACCCACGCUCGGCAUCUGAAGGCAUUGCGUCCUAUUAAUUCAGUCGAUUCACGAAACAAAUCCGCCACCGCUCGGCCUAUCGCGUCACCUCGGUCAAAAUUGCCAUUCGUCGCUGUACUUGGAAUUUGACCGCCAAAAAAGCCCCCUUGCAUUCACGACCCACAAGUCAUUUCCAGAGUCUAGACCCGACCAAGCCUGCUGCUUGCCGCAAACGUCAUUAACGCUUGCUGCAAACGAUCUUGACCAGCUUAACCGGCCGACAUGGCCAAACCAACACGGCACGCCGGUUCCCAUGAACCGUUGCAAAUUUACCAAGACGACCUCUUUGAGAACUCGACUGCGAUGGUCAACCACGCGCCCAUGCCUGCCGUUACCAAGCCCCCAAGACGACCACUCGGCGCAACAAGCAACAACAACGUCGUUCUCAACCCUCCCAUGCUCGCCUCUGACAGACACUCGCCCUUGAAGGCAUUGUCGGGCAACUCAAAAUCACCCUUCCUUCCGCUCAAGUCGCAAGGUAGUAAACUCAACAUGGUGCCAAUGGCACCUCCAUCAACCAACUCCCAGAGCACCGACUCGCUACACAAGAAGCCCUACCUAUCCAAGUUCAAAACCGUCGCGCAAAAGCCGCCUUCUGUGGAUCUCGCCGCCGGCUUUGGGAAGGAAAACGUCCACCCGCAACUAUACCCUGCGCCACCGACGAUCAACUUCGACCAGUUCUAUAUGCACAAGGGCCCGGGCAAGCGCACACUGAUGGAAGCUGCCCCGAUCAAGGAAUCGAGGCCGCUGAAGAAAGUCAAGGCCGACGAGUCGGGCCUGCCCCCACACGAUUCCUUUCCCCCAAUUGUCGACGACGGAACGAAACCGGGACAUAGCUACGCGACUUUGAUUGGAAUGGCCAUCCUACGAUCGCCACAACGGCGUCUGACCCUCGCCCAGAUAUAUAAGUGGAUUUCCGACACCUACUCGUUCUACAAGGCGGAGGAAUCGGGUUGGCAGAACAGCAUUCGUCACAACCUUAGCCUUCACAAGGCCUUCAUCAAGGUAGAGCGACCCAAGGACGACCCAGGCAAGGGCAACUACUGGACUAUUCAGGAAGGCAUGGAACAGCAGUUCAUGAAGGACAAGCCAGCAAGGAAAACCGCGACGACCGCCGAGAACGUGCCCGUUAUGUCGACCCGCAUGGAACCCUCGAGACCAGCCAACGUGCCUAUCCAAGAGCCGACCCUUCCGCCUCCUGCACCGAUUAAGCAUGCAACGCUGCCGCCGUUGCCUACUUCGCAGGCUACAGUCGCUGUCGAAUUCUCAUCCGACGCUACCAUUCCUGUCUCGGACUCGGCCGCACCUGAUGACGGACAGGACAAGCUGGAUCACGAAUGCUCACCUCUGCCUCCUACAAUGCACUCUUCACCGCCAAUCCCACGACACAUGGAGCCCCGCAGUCGUACUCCUCCUCCGCCUGGACGUGGCCCUGCAUCUUCGAUUACAAGAUCGCACAAGAGAAAAUUUGCGUCCAUGGACGACAGCGGUUACAUCUCAUCCCUCGAGUCGUCCGCUGUGCGCCCGCAGAAGACUGGCAUUCUCACCUCCGAAGCUGACCGUCCACGGAAGCGCAAUCGCGCAGGCAGGGCCGAGGACGAGAUUGCUCGCUUGCGCGCAUCGUCUUACGAUAGCCCUAGCAAGGGUCGGUCCUACAACGCAUUUGCCCCGCCGUCCUCGUCGCCGCUCCGCCAACAGGGUCAGAUGCUGCCACCGCUCACACCAGCCAUGAAGCUGAAGCCGCCCACGAAGGCCCCGCCGUCUGCAUCGCCCAACACUAACCUGCGCAUGCACCGUGAAAAUGUCCGUCAGAUGCUCCAGUCUCCCAUACGCAAAAUGGCCGGGACUGGCGAUGGCAAUGCGCCAUGGAGCCCGGCCUUCAACUUGGACGAGAGCGUCUACAACUACAACCUCAUGACCACUAAUGAUUUCGAUAUCUUCCAAGACAUGGAUAAUGACUUCUUCGACGGCUUACCGCAAGAUUCGCCCUCCAAGAAAUCUAGCGGAAAACGGCCUCGUCCUGAGCGCACGCACUCAGCUAAUGCCUUGGCCGACACGAACGACUCUGGCAAUGGCAACAAGUCGGUGCUUUCAACGCCCUUCUUGAAGGCCCCCGCGCAAUCCAACGCCUUGUGGGAGACCCCCAGCAAGGUUUUCGACGGGCUUUCCUCGCCCAUCAAGGCCAACGACGGUGCGUCGCAAUGGAGAUUCCCUUCGCCGACCAAGAUUUCCAACUCCUUCUACGAGGUGGCGGCGGAGGGUGACUGGCCCUCUUUCUCCUUCGACACAACCGAUUUCCUGGCGGAAGAGGCUACCGAAUAUUCGGGCCUCGAUAUCCUGCAAGGCUUCGAAAAGAUCGGCUCUGGCUCGCAACCCAAGUCUUCGGGUUCCAAGUCUGGCAAGCCUGCAUUUGGACGGAGUUACACCUCGCAAUUUUAAUCUCAUCUCACAAUGAGACCUUUGAGUCUCAUUGGCGCUGAGACAUGACGACCGUUAUGAUGUAUGAACGCACUUCACUGGCAUGACGUCUCCGAUGCUCAGGCAUUCGCGCGAUUGUUUCGGGCCACACGAUAAUGGAGCGGGAACCAAAAAACACUUUGGGCUGAUUUGGCUUUAAAGGCUAAUGUCUGAUACGGGCUUUGAGGCUUUCACAAUUCUCUUGUCCAUGAUUGUUUGCUUAUGAUAAUGAACAAAGCAGCGCACAUAUUAUCUGGCUUUU